CUGAACAUUCAUCUACUUCUUACACACAAUCAAAACGCAGAUCAAAGGCAAACAAGGAGAGGGCCUCUUGAGUUCUUCAUGGCCGCCCUCGUGUUGAGCGAGCAGAAAACGUUGAGCGACCUAAAGGCUGGUGGGGAGGUGGUUUAUGGGGCAGAAGAGUGCUACCGCCACUCCCUGGAGCUUCUGGAGGAGCUGGGGUUCCCUAAGGGAGUGCUUCCUCUCAAGAACUUGGAGGAGUGUGGGAGGGUCAGGGAGACGGGGUUUGUGUGGAUGAAGCAGAAGGAGCCGUAUGAGCACUACUUCAAAGGCACGAGCAGCAAGGUGAGCUACGCCACGGAGGUGACGGCGUACAUAGAGAAGCACAAGAUGAAGAAGAUGACGGGCGUGAAGACCAAGCAGAUCCUUCUAUGGAUUCCGCUGACGGAGAUGAGCAUCGACGACCCCACCAGCAAGAAGAUCUACUUCAAGACGUCGAUGGGGGUGGGGCGCUCUUUCCCCUUCUCUGCUUUCGACUGUGAGGAGGAGGAGAACGGAAAUCAGUGAGCCAAACCCACGGAUUGGUCUCCCUCGGAUCUCAUUGAGAUCACAUGAGUCGUACCAUAGAAUAAGCCUGUUUGAGUGCCACGUUAUCCAUCGUUGUCCUGCAUCCUACAUUCUGUAUGUCUUCUUCUUCGUCCAUUUUAUGCGUCGUCUUGUGGCCCUUAUGUUUGCUUACUUAUCAUUUGGUCAAGGAAUACCAGUUAAUGUAAAAGUCUGUUCUUUCUGCAAAAAUUAUUGAGAUAGACAAAGCUUGAUAACAACAGGGGAGUUCAGAGUUGUGAAAGGUGUUGCGAACUUGAGCAAUAUACCAUCUUGAAACCGGAACCUUCUAAUACUGUUAUCCCAUGGUA